AUAGUAUCACCCAGUGCAUAGCCAUGCCGGGAGACAGCCGCCGUAUUCGUGGCCCCGAAGAGUCGCAGUCCCCUUUGCUCUAUGUACUGAGUGAAGAAGGAGGAAAAGCCGCAGGGAGAAGGGGCCGCGGUCCGUCAGAGCCCCGGCCGGUGUUUGUCAGGGCCGGCCUCCUGAGCCAGGCUAAAGGCUCCGCGUACCUGGAGGCCGGGAGUGGCGGCACUAAAGUGCUGUGCGCAGUUCAUGGGCCGCGGGAGCGCGGGAUGGGAGGGGAGAGAGCAGAGACCCGGGGCCGCCUGCUCUGUGACCUGCGCUGGGCUCCCUUCUCCCGCCGCGGACCCUGGUCUGGCUCUUGCCCCGCUGGGCCCUCUCCCCGCCAGGCCGGGCUGCAACUACAGGAAAGUCUGGAACCGGCCGUGCGAUUGGAUCGCUACCCCCGAGCGGAGGUGAUAGUGUGGGUCCUAGUGCUGGAGGAUCGCGGCUCUGCGCUGCCUGCGGCCGUGUCUUGUGCCUCGCUGGCUUUGGCCGAUGCUGGGAUAGAGAUGUUUGACCUGGCGCUCGGAUGUGGGCUAAGCCGCGGCCCCGGUGGGGAGCUUCUGCUGGAUCCGGAUGAUGAUGAAGAGGAGGCUGGGAGUGGGGGCACCAUGAGCCUGAGCCUCUUGCCAACCCUUAAUCAGGUUUCUGGACUUAUUAGCAGUGGAGAGUGGGAAGGCGAGAGCUCGGAGGAAGCGGUUAGACUCUGCAUGGAAGGCUGCCAGAGAUUGUACCCAGUUUUGCACCAGUGCCUAGUGAAAGCCACUAAAAGGAAAAUACCAGUGCCACAGCCUGACACAAACUGAUCCUCGUAGCUUUGGGUGCAGCUCUCCUUUCUAAGGCAAACUAAUAGUGCUGCAAAGCAGGCAAUGUCUACUUUCUGCUCUAUAGUGGAUCGGGACCACCCGAAGACAAAGCCACCAUCGCUGGCUGAUCAAAUGUAUUGUUGAAGUGUUAUAUUCUGUAUAUGGUCAGCUGAAAAUUAUAGCUCUGUAUUCAUGUUGAAUGUGAAAGGCGUAUAGUAUCUAUACAGAACUUGUUUGCCAGUCAAUCUGCUUUAACAGCUGCUCUCUAAAGACAGAAAUAACACUGAUUUCAGUUUACUAUGGCAUUUAGAAUAUCCCUUUACUGGGAACUUACUGUACCAGCUACUGUCACUUAUUUCCUUAAAAGGGAAUCUCCACCUGGUUUCUGUUUAAAACUCCAUUUUCAUGGGGCAAAAUUAUUUUCUAUAGACAGCCUUAGGCUUUUUUCCCUGCUGUAGAUGAUCAUAGGCGUUUUUUUUAAAAACAAACUAUGCACUUGGCAUUACCAUAAAACAUUAAAGGCUU